AUGCUAGCUGGCGACCUUGCCCGUGCUGAGAGAAGCCACGACAAAACAUCAAGUCCGGCGCCAUGCGUGAGCAUCUUAUGCUGGAGGGUGACCGCAGUGAUGCUCGCUGGCGGCACUCAGAGAGACCAGGAUGAGGAGGAGGAGGAAGAGGAGGGAUGGGGGGGGGAUUCCGCGCGGACCUCCGAGUUCGAUGGGCGUGGGGAGGUGCCGCCCGGCGGCGGCCCCUCCAGGCGGUGGUCAUGUAUAUAUUCCCGCCCCGGGGCCCCCGCCUCGCGCCAGUCGCGCAGGAGGCCCCUAUAG